AUGACCAAUGAAGAUGUCAGCCGUAAAUCUGCACUGGUCUCGCUCUCCGCCGUUCAGGCAGACGACAUAUCAAGCCUCCUAAAAGUGCACACGGCAGCUUUCAAACCCGACCAGUUUUCGAACCUGAUGCUUCUAAACCGCGAUGAGAACGCCCACCAGGAGCUGAUGGCCAAGUCGAUUCAACGAUGGAUGUCAGAUCCCACUGCCAAGCUCACCAAGGCUCUGGACGCAAAUGGGAAACUAGUUGGCUGGUCGUGUUGGAUCCUCAAGACCAAGUACGAAGAGGGAACUAUGCCUGCUCCGAGGUCGGAAUCGAACACAAGACCAAGCAAUGCCGAAGCGGGCCAAGCCAAACCUGAACCUCCUGCAGCGCAAAAGAAAGAAGAACAGAGCGCACCGCCGGACCCUGCGCGAGUACUAGGCGGGCUCAUGUACAAAGACAUGACUUCGUGGGAGGAAAAACAUCUCAAGGGCAAAAAUUACAUGGUACUACAGGCACUGGCCACGGAUCCGAGCCAUCAGCGGCAAGGAAUUGCGACCAAACUAGUCCAGCAUGGACUCGAAGAGGUCAACUCACAGGGCCUUCCGUGUUGGAUACAUGCCUCGCCUACAAGCUAUACUCUGUACGAAAAAGCCGGGUUCGAGGAGGUCGGGAGGAGCGACUAUGAUUUGGAUGAGUGGGCACCCGGGGAAAGGGAGGAAACCGAGGUUGGGGAAGGUACACAUUCAGAUACAUGA